CCACCAUGACUGCAAAAUUUCCAAGUUUCUCGCUAGUUUAAAUGCACGCCGCUAGCUUAGCUACUCUCUUCCACCCACAACCCCCAAGCAUCAGCAUCACAACCCACCAAUCGAAUCGAUCGAACAAGACACGACACCAUGCGCCGCCGCGUCUCCUCCUCCUCCUCCUCCUCCUCGUCCUCGUCGCCGGCGAGGCAUCACAAGGCGCGGCGCAGCAGGAGGAAGCUCGCCGUCGACGAGGACUGGGAGGCCGCCUUCCGCGAGUUCCUCUCCCGCGACCACGACGACGACGACGACGACCACGACGGUCAGCAUGUCGUUGUUGCGCCGUUGAUCCGUGGUAGUGACAAGUGCGUCCACGGCCACGAGGUGGUGGCGUCGACGGUCGGCGGUGGCGCAAGCGGCGGACGACGACGAGCCGACGACGACGACGGCGAGCGGCGGCGGCGGCGGCGGAGGGAGAAGCGGAGCUACCCGUACCGCGGCAUCCGGCAGCGGCCGUGGGGGAGGUGGGCGUCGGAGAUCCGCGACCCCGUCAAGGGCAUCCGCGUCUGGCUCGGCACCUUCGACACCGCCGAGGGCGCCGCGCGCGCCUACGACGACGAGGUUCGCCGCAUCUACGGCGGCAACGCCAAGACCAACUUCCCCCCAUCGCCGCCCACGCCGCCGCCGCCGGAGAAGCCAGCGGCGGAGAGGAGCCCCUCGACGACGCCGACGACGACCACGGAGGACUCCGGCGACUCGCGCAUACUCAUCGAGUGCUGCUCCGACGACCUGAUGGACAGCCUCCUCGCCGCCUUCGACAUGACCACCGGCGACAUGCGCUUCUGGAGCUAACGAACAACAGAGCAGAUUCAGGACAACAUAAACGGCACGUCUUUGCAACCUUGACAUGCGACUCGCCUAAUAAUCUUGUCAAACAAGGGCCGCCAGCUUAAUUAGCUUUUUCCAAAGGUGGGGAACAAUUUUGGGGGAUGCAAUUAGGACGCACAGAGAUGACCCCAACUUGUCAAUGGGAAUUGAACUCUGAUGACCUUUGUAAUGAUAAUCAAGGCACCACAUUGUGGGGUUAAGCAAAGUUUUGGCAAAUUAGCUUUGCCUUGCAGGAAUAAAUCAGCAUUUCUUUUUUUUUCCUUUCACUGGACCCCAAUAAGGUAAUUUGCAUACAUAUGUCCCAUGGAUCGAACAAUAUGAAAAGUAAUUGUAUAGUGUUGGUUGCAGAGGUUAUCAACACUUAUUCGGGUUA